AGGCUCCACGGGCAGACCUACAAGGCUGCGCAAACAAAUCGAGGGAUGAGAUUCUGCUGUUUCUUUGUCUAGAGUUCUCAGAUGCUAUCUGCGGCUGCUGUUUGGUGGGGAAAGAGAGCAGGGCUCAAAGCGGUCAUUACACAGAACGGUGGGAGCUGAUGGCUCCGAGUUUGGGGCGAGGUAGAAACUCUCCAGUGCCACUUCCGACUUUAAGCCUUCCUGUUGCCGUGCACUGUGGCGGGCUCCUUGCUGGGGAAAGCGCUUUCGCUCAGUGGCUCGGCAGCGCGAGCCUGCAGCGGCGGCCAGGCGGCGGUCCCCGCGGCCGGGCUUCCUCCGUGGAGGCGCGCCGGGCUCGGCUCUGAGCCCCUGAAAGCCCUCCCGCGGCCUAACCCAGGGCAAACCUACCUACGGGAUGGAGGUGGGAGCAACCAGAAAAUUUGAAGGAGCACAUUAAGCUGGUGGAUGCAGCAGAUGUAAGCGCUGUGCAUCCAUCUCUAACCAGUUCAGAUGUUGCUGUUUCCUCAAGUUGCAGGUCUAUGGAAAUGCAGGAUCUAACCAGCCCGCAUAGCUGUCUGAGUGGUAGUAGUGAAUCCCCCAGUGGUCCCAAACUCGAUAACUCUCAUAUAAAUAGUAAUUCCAUGACUCCCAAUGGCACCGAAGUUAAAACAGAGCCAAUGAGCAGCAGUGAAGUAGUUUCAACAACAGCAGACGGGUCUUUAGACAAUUUCUCAGGUUCAGCAAUUGGGAGCAGUAGCUUCAGCCCAAGGCCAACUCACCAGUUCUCCCCACCACAGAUUUAUCCUUCCAACAGACCAUACCCACAUAUUCUCCCUACCCCUUCCUCACAAACUAUGGCUGCAUAUGGGCAAACACAGUUUACCACAGGAAUGCAGCAAGCUACAGCGUACGCCACAUACCCACAGCCGGGCCAGCCAUACGGAAUUUCAUCAUAUGGUGCAUUGUGGGCAGGCAUCAAGACCGAAGGUGGAUUGUCACAGUCUCAGUCAGCUGGACAGACAGGAUUUCUCAGCUAUGGCACAAGCUUUGGUACCCCUCAACCUGGACAGGCACCAUACAGCUACCAGAUGCAAGGUAGCAGUUUUACAACAUCAUCAGGAUUAUAUACAGGAAAUAAUUCACUCACAAAUUCCUCUGGAUUUAACAGUUCACAGCAGGACUACCCAUCUUAUCCCAGUUUCAGCCAGGGUCAGUACGCACAGUAUUAUAACAGCUCGCCAUAUCCAGCACAUUAUAUGACGAGCAGCAACACCAGCCCAACAACGCCGUCCACAAAUGCCACUUACCAGCUUCAGGAACCACCGUCUGGCAUCACCAGCCAAGCAGUUACAGAUCCCACAGCAGAGUACAGUACAAUCCACAGCCCAUCAACACCCAUUAAAGAUUCAGAUUGUGAUCGGUUGCGUCGAGGUUCAGAUGGGAAGUCACGUGGACGGGGCCGAAGAAACAAUAACCCUUCACCUCCUCCAGAUUCUGACCUAGAGAGGGUGUUCAUCUGGGACUUGGACGAGACGAUCAUUGUUUUCCACUCCCUGCUUACUGGAUCCUAUGCCAACAGAUACGGGAGGGAUCCACCUACUUCAGUGUCCCUUGGACUUCGAAUGGAAGAAAUGAUUUUCAACUUGGCAGACACGCAUCUAUUUUUUAAUGACUUAGAAGAAUGUGACCAAGUUCAUAUAGAUGAUGUCUCUUCUGAUGAUAAUGGGCAAGACCUCAGCACAUAUAACUUUGGAACAGAUGGCUUUCCUGCUGCAGCAACCAGUGCUAAUUUAUGCUUGGCCACCGGUGUGCGGGGUGGUGUAGACUGGAUGAGAAAGUUGGCUUUCCGCUACAGACGAGUAAAAGAGAUCUACAAUACCUACAAAAAUAAUGUUGGAGGUCUGCUUGGUCCAGCCAAGAGGGAAGCCUGGCUGCAGUUGAGGGCUGAGAUUGAAGCACUGACGGACUCCUGGUUGACACUGGCCCUGAAAGCCCUCACGCUCAUUCACUCCCGGACUAACUGUGUGAAUAUUUUAGUAACAACUACUCAGCUCAUCCCAGCCUUGGCAAAAGUCCUGCUAUAUGGAUUAGGAAUUGUAUUUCCUAUAGAAAAUAUUUACAGUGCAACUAAAAUAGGAAAGGAAAGCUGUUUUGAGAGGAUAAUUCAAAGGUUUGGAAGAAAAGUGGUGUAUGUUGUUAUAGGAGAUGGUGUAGAAGAAGAACAAGGAGCAAAAAAGCAUGCUAUGCCCUUCUGGAGGAUCUCCAGUCACUCGGACCUCAUGGCCCUACAUCAUGCCUUGGAACUGGAGUACCUGUAACAGCCACAUAGCACUUUGGAACCACACAACUGCCCUGUAACCAGGAAUAAAUCCCACAGGCCUGAGUCUCGUGUCAGCGCUGGCCUAGCAAAUUGAUUUCCAACACAUUGAUGCACACCUGCUGUCCAUCCUCUGCUCUGCCCUUGCAGUAAAUGAAGGACCACAUCUAUUUCUUCAGAACAGCUGUUGACUCCAGUACUGUGAAUCCAGUGAAAAUAAGCCAUGAGAAUGUUCUAGCACAGUGUAAUGUGUCUUUGCCACAUUAACUGCAUGGUUCAAACCUGUGAAGAAAGGACCUGCAAACGCUUAAGGUUUUAGCAUCUUCAAUGUGACAUAAACGGCUUCUCCAAUACAGCAAACCUGAUUGCACAACAAAGACGGAAACAUAUUUCCUGAGUACCAGUGGGGGAAUUUUCUUGUAAAGAAGUUUUACUUUUUGGCAUCUCAUACCCAGGGUAAUCUCUACAUCUCUACUUAUUUAUGAAGACUUUUUUAAACAGCUUUAUGAGGUAUAAUGCAAGUACCAUACCAUUCACUCAAACAGACUUUUUGACAUCAAUCAAAUCAUUGAAGGGACAAUACUGUAAAAAGUAAGUGAUUAAAGGCCUUUGCCUCAUGACACAGCAAGUACUUUAAAUUUUAGCACAUUGCAAAGUAGUUUAAAGUAUGUCUAAUUUAAACGUAUAAUAUGUACAUCACUGAGACAAUCAUGUACAGAAAGAAUUUUUGGUGUAAAUUUGUAAUAAUGGAUGAUUCUUUUACAUAUUGUUUAGGAAAAUGAUAUUGAAAGGUAGCAAUGCCUUGAUAGUGAAAUAUUAGGCAGUAUAUGCACAAACUCGUGCAGUGCCUUACCGAAAUACUGGGUAUAAAUAUGUAGAUAAUGGGGUUUUUUUUAGACAAUGUUGUCAAGACCAAAAGCAUGGAUGUCAAUAGGAUUUCAUUUUCCAAAUUUUUUUCCCAUCGGUUCUUUAUUUCUUUAUGCUAUCAGGAGGACUGCGGUAAAAUAACAGUCUUAAAUAAUUUGGAAAAAAAAAAGUCCUCUUACAACCUCAUGUUUUCAUUUUCAAUUCUAAUGUAUUAUAUGUAACUACUUGGAAAAAAUGAUUAUUCAAAUGCUUCUUCCCACAGAGUGUAGACAAUAGCUAUAUUUUAUUAAUAAAAUGGUUCAUGAGUUGGAGACUAGCCAAGGUUUCAUGUACUCAGAUUAUAGUGUCUGCAAUUUCUUGUUUAGAUAAAAGAGGACUUACCACAUCUGGAAAUCAGCAAAACUUUACAUUAUUCCCUACAUUCAUGUUCCCUCUCUUUUCCUCCACAUUCCCCUCAACCUCCUGCUCUCCCAGGAAAGUUCAUUGCUGGCAGUGGACAUGGCCCAGUUAUCACCACCAAGGAAAUAAUGUUACUGUUCACCUACAUAAAUUGGGAAAUAAAAUUUGUUACCUUUGUUAUACCAUAAGACAGGUUCCCCAAAAGUGGUCAGUUUGGGCACCAGUUUCAUUCGUCAAAAGCCUUCCAUUGCCAUGAAAUUAUGUUGUGGAUGAACUGUCUUUGAUACUGUGUUGGGGGAAAAAAAACACCAGCUUUGAUCCUAAGUAGCUAAAGAGCUACUCUAUCCUUUUCUGAAGUUUCAUGUUGCUGCUAGAAUUAGUUAUGAAUUCUCCAAAUUGUUCAACAAUUGAAUUUGUUCAAUUUUUUUGCUUGAAGCAAACACAAUUUGGCAAUUUUUUAGCCUUUUCAUUUUAUGUUUUUGUACUCUGCAGAUUGAAAAGACAAAGUUUAUCCUGGCUUUACUGUAUAAAGGUGUGUUGUGUCUGCAAUUGUGUACAGAGGUUUUCUCCAUUAAUUUUGUGUUUAAAUUAAUAAAAUUGAUUUGUGAAGUACUGUAA